AUGGACUACUUGUUACAGGUGAAGAUAGGUGCCCUCGUGGGUUUGUUGCUCCUGACCCUAUUUUUCGGAUUUAUCCCUGCUCGGGUGAAGUGGUUCAGAGAAACCAGUGGGACAGGUACGUUCAGUAGGUAGCCUACAAGUUCUAUAUUAGCUAGCUAGUUUCAUGCUGUAACCCCGUAUGCAAUUCCACACUUGUGAUGUGUUGAACAAACGUUAUGCUUGCUUCGUCCCACAACAAGCCAGAUGGCUCGUUGCGGAAGCUUCCGUCCUUUCCUUCAUCAACCAAACCUAAACUAUUCGGUUUCAACAAAAUAACGUUUCCCGUCAACGAGUCAUAUCCAAUAUCUCUAAGUACAAUACUUACGAUUCGUGUUGAAUGUGUCCUUCACUAUCACAUAAGCGUUUAAAACACGUUUUUAUCCAGUGUGUCCCAUUUUCCGCCUGUGUGGGCUGCCAUUCUAGACCACGCAGUCACGUGAGAGUAAACUACCACGUAAUCUCCCACUUUUACAGGCGGGAAUCGGGAGACCCUGGAUAAAUACAUGUUUUAAACGUUUAUUCGAUAGCGAAGGACACGUUCAACCUGACGAAUCUUAAGUAUUGUUCCUAGAUAUAUUGGAUAUGCCUCUGUUUAUGGAAGCGUUAUUUUGGUGAAACCGAAUAGUUAAGUUUUGGUUGAUAAUGGAUGCCAGAGUUAGUUGCGGGACGAAGCAAAUCACAUGCAAGUGUUUUUGCAAUGCCUUCAUAAAUGUGAUCAACAUUUGCCUAUCAACUUGUUUGCCAAAUCCAAUCACAUGUUUGCUGUGGGCUUGUGUUUAUCUUUGUUUCUUCCGUUGGUUUUAUAACCGCCAAAUUACAAUUUACAUUCCAAUCGAAUGUUAUUCAUUCAUUCAUUCAUAAUUUUUAGUAAUCUACAAAAGAUGUAGCCUAAAUCAGAGCUUUAAGGAAAGUUUUUCAAAUGUAUUUAUCCACUACGGAUUAGUUUGAUUGGUUUAUGGUAGUGCAAACCUUUGAUUUUAGCGCAUAGGUCUACAUUUAAAAGAAAGAUGCCUCUAAAAUAGCUGUGUAUAGUUUACCAUGGGUUGGAACCGAAAUAAUACUUUUCCAAUGGUGAACAGAACCGUAUUUUUUUUUUCUUCUGUUCCACAGUUUCCACAAGAAAAAUAAAGUUCUGAACCGGUUCGAAACUCCAAAAAGUAACAUAUCGUUCCUUUCUGUUCCUUUUUAAACGUUGUUCCUCAUAUCAUUCCUUUUUUAAAAACUUUUUUUUAAAUUUAGCUCAACAUUAAAUUACUUCACCAAUAGGUAGAGCAGCUUGCUAUGGAGUGGGCAAGCUAUAUACAUGCAUUUGACAGACAAGUGUAGUGUAUGGUGUGAGAUGCAACUGAAAUUUCGAGGGUGAGAAGAGCGCUGGGAAUCUUGUUCCUAUGACAUGCAUGAUCUGAAUUAGGCCCACAGAAUUAUACCUACAGAGGAGCGGCUUCUAUGAAGGAACUUUGAAUGUCUUUGAACUUCAGAGAGUUGGCUUAACUAACAUUGGACCAGAGCUAGCCCUUGAUCAUGACUCUCAGUUCCAUUCCAUUACACAUAAUUCCACCUAGAGUUUUCGAGAGCUCGACCAGAGCUAGCUAGUUUGCUAACAGAGUGGCACCAGAAUUAAAAUAAAAACACACCUUACAUUUACAUUUUACAUUUUAGUCAUUUAGCAGACGCUCUUAUCCAGAGCGACUUACAGGAGCAAUUAGGGUUAAGUGCCUUGCUCAAGGGCACAUUAACGUCAUUUAGCAGACGCUCUUAGCCAGAGCGACUCACAAAUUGGUGCGUUCACCCUAUAGCCAGUGGGAUAACCACUUUACAAUUUGGGGGGGGGGGGGUUAGAAGGAUUACUUUAUCCUAUCCCAGGUAUUCCUUAAAGAGGUGGGGUUUCAAAUGUCUCCGGAAGGUGGUGAGUGACUCCGCUGUCCUGGCGUCGUGAGGGAGCUUGUUCCACCAUUGGGGUGCCAGAGCAGCGAACAGUUUUGACUGGGCUGAGCGGGAGCUAUGCUUCCGCAGAGGAAGGGGAGCCAGCAGGCCAGAGGUGGAUGAACGCAAUGCCCUCGUUUGGGUGUAGGGACUGAUCAGAGCCUGAAGGUACAGAGGUGCCGUUCCCCUCACUGCUCCAUAGGCAAGCACCAUGGUCUUGUAGCGGAUGCAAGCUUCAACUGGAAGCCAGUGGAGUGUGCGGAGGAGGGGGGUGACGUGAGAGAACUUGGGAAGGUUGAACACCAGACGGGCUGCGGCAUUCUGGAUGAGUUGUAGGGGUUUAAUGGCGCAGGCAGGGAGGCCAGCCAACAGCGAGUUGCAGUAGUCCAGACGGGAGAUGACAAGUGCCUGGAUUAGGACCUGUGCCGCUUCCUGUGUAAGGCAGGGUCGUACUCUCCGAAUGUUGUAGAGCAUGAACCUGCAGGAGCGGGUCACCGCCUUGAUGUUGGCGGAGAACGACAGGGUGUUGUCCAGGGUCACGCCUAGGCUCUUCGCACUCUGGGAGGAGGACACAGCGGAGUUGUCAACCGUGAUGGCGAGAUCACGGAACGGGCAGUCCUUCCCCGGGAGGAAGAGCAGCUCCGUCUUGCCAGGGUUCAGCUUGAGGUGGUGAUCCGUCAUCCAUACUGAUAUGUCUGCCAGACAUGCAGAGAUGCGAUUCGCCACCUGGUUAUCAGAAGGGGGAAAGGAGAAGAUUAGUUGUGUAUCGUCAGCGUAGCAAUGAUAGGAAAGGCCAUGUGAGGAUAUGACAGAGCCAAGUGACUUGGUGUAUAGGGAGAAACCUUUUUUUUGUUAAUAAAUCCAAUGUGAAACGCGAUAAGUAUAGUAUCCUUAACUAGCAUUGAAAAAGUUAAUCCAUUAUCUAAUUAAAAAUCUCCCUAAUUUCUGAGUCAUGUGUGUAAAGUCAGUAUCUACAGUAGACUAUACUUCGGAGGGAGGGAGGGAGGGGGAAGGGCAGGUAGCCUACACACACACAGGCAAAGAUUUUCAGUUGGCAGGCAGGCAGACACUGGAAUACUUUUCUGAGUGACAGUGAGGGCUUUGCAUAGGCGCUUUUUUGUGGGACUGGAAAAAAAUGCUCGGAACUGAUUCCUACUUACAAGCAAAAAAUCAAACAGGAAGUACCAGUGACGCACUCAAUACGGAAGUGGUCAGAUGAAGCGGGUGCUAAGCUACAGGACUGUUUCGCUAGCACAAACUCGAAUAUGUUCCGGGAUUCGUCCGAUGACAUUGAGGAGUAUAUUACGUCAGUCACCGGCUUCAUUAAUAAGUGCAUCGACGACGUCGUGCCCACAGUGAUCGUAGGUACAUAUCCCAAUCAGAAGCCAUAGAUUAAAGGCAACAUCCGCACUGAGUUAAAGUCUCGAGCUGCCAAUUGCAAGGACCGGGACAUGAAUCCAGACGCUUACAAGAAUUCCUGCUAUGCCCUCCGACGAACCAUCCAACAGGCAAAGCAUCAAUACAGGACUAAGAUUGAAUCCUACUACACCGGCUCUGAUGCUCGUUGGAUGUGGCAGGGCUUGCAAACUGUCACGGAUUACAAAGGGGAAACCCAGCUGCGAGCUGCCUAGUGACGCGAGCCGACCAGAAGAGCAAAUGCCUUCUAUGCUCGCUUCGAGGCAAGCAACACUGACCCAAGCAUGAGAACACCAGCUGUUCCGGACAACUGUUUGAUCACAUUCUCUGUAGCCGAUGUGAGUAAGCCCUUUAAACAGGUUAACAUUCACAACGCCACAGGGCCAGAUGGAUUGCCAGGACACGUACUCAGAGCAUGUGCUGACCAGCUGGCAAGUAUCUUCACUAACAUUUUCGACCUCUCCCUGACCCAGUCUGUAAUACCUACAUGUUUCAAGCAGACCACCAUAGUCCCUGUGCCCAUGAACGCCAAGGUAACCUGCCUAAAUGACUACCGCCCCGUAGCACUCACGUCUGUAGCCAUGAAGUGCUUUGAAAGGCUGGUAAUGGCUCACAUCAACACCAUCAUCCCAGAAACCCUGGACCCACUCCAAUUUGCAUACCGCCCCAACAGAUCCACAGAUGACGCAAUCUCUAUUGCGCUCCACAUUGCCCUUUCCCACCUGGACAAAAGGAACACCUACGUGAGAAUACUGUUCAUUGACUACAGCUCAGCGUUCAACACCAUAGUGCCCUCCAAGCUCAUCACUAAGCUAAGGACCCUGGGACUAAACACCUCCCUCUGCAACUGGAUCCUGGACUUCCUGACGGGCCGCCCCCAGGUGGUAAGGGUAGGCAAUAACACAUAUGCCACGCUGACCCUCAACACAGGGGGCCCUCAGGGGUGAGUGCUUAGUCCCAUCCUGUACUCCUUGUUCACCCACGACUGCGUGGCCACGCAUGACUCCAACACCAUCAAGUUUGCAGAUGACACAACGGUGGUAGGCCUGAUCACCGACGACAAUGAAGCAGCCACCCAAGCCACAGACUGUUCUCUGCUACCGCAAUGCAAGUAGUACCGGAGCGCCAAGUCUAGCACCAAAAGGCUCCUUAACAGCUUCUACCCCAAAGCCAUAAGACUGCUCAACAGUUAAUCAAAUGGCUACCCGGACUAUUUGCAUUGAGCCACUUAUUUUAUUCUUUUUUUUGCUUUGACUCUUUUGCACAGGCUCGAUGUACACCCACACAUACGUCACUGACACUCCAACACACACACACACACACGCAUGCAUAUUGACGCCCCACACAUCUCUGUUUAUUAAUACAACAGGCGUGACCUUACUGUGAAAUGCAGAGUAAAAAAACAAAACAAAAAUGUUUGUUUGCUAAAUAGACUAAAGGAAAAAUAGUAACACAAUAACGGGUACGGGUUAGUCGAGGUAAUUGUACAUGUAUAGUCACCCCUGCACAUUGACAUGGUACUGGUACCUCUUGUGUAUAUAGCCUGGUUAUUCUUAUUUUAUUGUGUUAGUUUUUCCUUUUGUCUAUUUAGCAAACAACAUUUCUUAUUAUUAUAACCAACAAUGCAGAGUCAUUUUUUUAAGGGCUCAUAAGUAAGCAAGGUCUACACCUGUUGUAUUCGGCGCAUGUGACAAAUAAACAUUUAUUUGAAAUAAAAUUUUAACCAGUUCCCAAGCUUUUAAAAGAACGGUUCUGUUCCGGAACAGUAUAGAUCAAAUUAUUUUGUUAUUUUAUGGUUUUCGGAACCAGUUCCAACCCCUGUAGCUUACAAUGGUGUUCUCUCCAAAAAAUUUCUUAUUUUGAUGGAAAGAUAAUGUGUGUGUGUGUGUAUAUAUAUAUAUAUAUAUAUAUAUAACAUUUGCAUAAUUGAUUUAGGCCUAGAUUAUCACAUUUACUUCAUUGAUUUCUUAGGAUGAGAAAUCAUUGAGUCUCCUCCAAGGUACAGGAGACAGACUAGAGCAGUGGUAUUCAAACUUUUUCACCCAUUUUUUCCCAGCCAGAAUUUCUGGGGACCCCAUUUAAUUCUUUCUUUUUUUACUAGAAUUUCUCCCGACCUUACCCCACCCAAAAUCUAAUGACACAACCCUAAAAUCAGUAAAUUUAGAUUUUUACAUCAACAAAUAACCUUAUAAAUGAAAAGAAACCAAUAAAUACAUUUACUGAUUUUUUUUAUUAUCUUUCUCAUUCCCAUACAAUAAUCAGUACUCCUAAAAUUAUAAUUAAAUACAGUUAUUGGUGACCCCACUGCAGUUCUCCAGGAUCAGAGAGAGAGAGAGAGAGUACUGAAUGACACGUUUCUCCAAAACUUUCUUGAAAAGACUUUGAGGUAUGUUUGCUCCCGUUUGGAAGGUGUGGCUUGAAGCAAUGAGUGAUGUAUUUAAAGGGCAGUGGCCAUGCGGACCAUGCUGACAGUGUUCACCAACCCCUAACAAUUUUUCAACUGCUCGUUGAGUACAGCACCGUUUCCGUUCAAUUGAACGUUCCAGAAAGUAAAAAAAGUACUGAACGCAGCCCUGCUUAGGGUCAGAGGUAAAUGUAUUAGUGCAAACCGUAGCGCAACAUUUGUAGACAGAAAUCAAAGCUCUUAACAUUGUGAGCAACCAUUUAAAAAAGUGUUUUAUUAAAAAGGCCUAAAAACAAGUGUUUCUUAUUGGACAAGUUCAGGUAGGUCCCUCCAAGUUUCAGCCCAUUUGCCUCAGUUUGGUUACUAGUGAAUACACCCCUGCUUUUAACUUUCUCUUUAGGCCCAGCAGUCUCUGUAUGUCCGGCUGCCAAUAUAUAUUAUACACAUAUAUAUUAUCAGGGCAUUACUAAAACAAUGAAGGACCAUAACAUUUACAGUGAUAAGACUGUUUAAUGUGUGCCUAAAUUGUAUGGGCCAUUCCUAUCCCUUCAGCAGCAUAUUAAGACAGCUUUUGCUUUGCUAUGGCUGAUUUGCUGAUGAGUAGUUUUCACUUCUGUGUUUGUGCAAUGCUGCUCAAUACUUCCUUCAGGUCUCUGCAAGAUGAUUAUCUCAGUUGCUUCUCUCUUUUCCUUUAAGCAGAGGGUGACAUUAGGAGCUAUCAUGGCCGUUUCAUUUCAGUGCUCCCUGAGUGUUUGAUUGCACUUGUUGAUCACUUCCAGUUAAAAAAAAAAAAACAGUUAGUGGUAUCUCCAUAGGGUGUCUCUUUUCUGACCGGUUAACAGCUGAUUUAGACCCAUAAGAAAGAUUAAAUUAUCAGUCGUCAGAUAAUCACACAUUAUUCAUAUCACAGCUUAUGUCACAUUAAGUUAAGGAAAUGCAUAGUUUCCUUGAUUCACAACUUAAGUUAAUCAGACAACUUCAGUCAGGUAGCCAUGAACUAAUCCUUUGAACGGGUUAGGCAACUCCAGUGUGUAUACUUCAGCAGCAAAGGUAGAUAAGACGGAAGUAGGGCCUUGUAAACAAAAAGGGAGUAAUGUAGAGCUCUACGGGUCUUCAGCUAAGUCCAGCCAACCGUUUGAUACAGGAUGCAGUCAUGAGUAUCGAAACUGUCACCUGUAACAAAGUGAAGGGCACUAUGGUAGAUGGCAUCCAAAGGUUUAAGAGUAGUAGCAGCUGCACUUUGAUAGAAUGUGUCACCAUAAUCAAGAACAGAUAAAAAGGUUAGGGUUAGGGUUAAAAAGGUUGACAGAAUAAUCUGCUUCCUACUGCUUAGAGAAAGGCAUGAUCUGUUUCUGUAGAAAAAGCCAACUUUAAAUCUUAGCUUCUUAACCAGCUCAUCUACGUUUCUUUUAAACGUCAAAUCCAUGUAAAUCCAAAUACCUAAGUAUUUAUAUGCAGGAACACAUUCGAUUGGAGAACCAUGAGUGAACAUGUAGUUCAUCUGAAAAAUUAUUACAAAAGUUUGUAUUUCCGUUUUACCUGUAUUAAGCACAAGUUUUAAAUCGGCAAGGGAUUCCUGCAUAGCUAUAAAAUCUGACUGUAGUUUUGACACAGCCAAAUCAACAGUUGCGGCAAUAGCAUACAUAAUAGUAUCAGAUUGAGCAAUGGUGUUUAUAUAAAUAGUGAAGAGAAUAGGUCCCAAAAUUGACCCUGUGGUACACCUUGUACUUCAAGAAAUUCAGACUUCACCCCAUCAAUCACGAUGGCCUGACUUCUGUCACUAAGAUAAUCAUGAAACCAUGAACAGGCGUCAGAGCUCAGGCCUAUCGAGGACAACUUAUUCAAUAAAAUAGCAUGAUCAACAGUAUCAAAAGCUUUUGACACGUCCACAAACAAGGCAGCACAUUUCAUUUCAGUGUCUGACAAGAUCAGCAUUGACAAGAUCAUUAACAACUAAAGUGGCUGCUGUAAUAGUUUUAUGCCCAGGCCUAAACCCUGAUUGGUUUACAUUCAAAAUAAAUUUCUCAACUAAAGAGCAAAGUUGUACAUUUACAAAGGAUUCAAUAAUCUUAGUUAGACAAGGAAGCCUUGAAAUGGGGCAAUAAUUAUUACGAUCACUACUAUCCCCGCCCUUAUCGAGUGGCAGCACGAGCUGAUUUCCAUAUUUUUUACUUUACAUACGUUUGGAAUAUUUCCUGAUAAUAAUGUUAAAUAAAAAAUGUGGGUUAUUGAGCCAACAACGAUGGGCGCUGCGCAGGUUAGUAUUAUGGAUUAACUACAAUGUUGUUGAUCCAUCCUCAGUAUUCUCCUAUCACAGCUAUAAAACUCUGUAACUGUUUUUUAAAGUCACCAUUGGCCUCAUGGUGAAAUCCCUGAGCGGUUUCCUUCCUCUCCGGCAACUCAGUUAGGAAGGAUGCCUGUAUCUUUGUAGUGACUGGGUGUAUUGAUACACCAUCCAAAGUGUAAUUAAUAACUUCACCAUGCUCAAAGGGAUAUUCAAUAUCUGAUUUUUUUUUUAUUACUUUGUUACCCAUCUACCAAUAGGUGCCCUUCUUUGCGAGGUAUUGAAAAAACUCCCUGCUCUUUGUGGUUGAAUCUGUAUUUGAAAUCCACUGCUCGACUGUGUGGGGCACAGAGAUGAGGCAGUCAUUCAUGCCUCCUGUAGCUCAAUUGGUAGAGCAUGGCGCUUGCAAUGCCAGGGUUGUGGGUUCGAUUCCCACGGGGGGCCAGUAUGAAAAAUGUAUGCACUCACUAACUGUAAGUCGCUCUGGAUAAGAGCGUCUGCUAAAAUGACUAAAAUGUAAAUGUAAUUCAAAAAUCAUGUUAAACACUAUUAUUGCACAUUUUCAGUCCAUGCAAGUUAUUAUGACUUGUUCAGCACAUUUGUACUCCUGAAAUUAUUGAUUUAGGCUUGACACGACAUAAAGAGGUUGAAUGCUUAUUGACUCAAGACAUUUCAGCUUUUCAUUUUUUAUGAAUUUGUAAAGAUUUCCAAAAACAUAAUUCCAAUUUGACAUUAUGGGAUAUUGUCAGUGACCCCCCCCAAAAAUCUCAAUUUAAUCUAUUUUAAAUUCAGGCUAUAACAACAACAACAACAAUGUGGAAAAAGUCAAGGGGUGUGAAUACUUUCUGAAGGCACUGUAUAUGGCUAGGGUCAGGUAUUCUUUAUUCUAACCCCACCAUCUGACCUGAAUAGGAAGAGCUCUGGGUUCAUUAACAGCUCACCUGAUCAGGGCCCAAAGUUGUUCCUGGUCAGGUCACAUGGUCAGGGAAAAUCCCAGGGUCUGUCUAUGUUGAGCAUUAAACAGUAGCGAUUUUUAUCAUGCAGAAACCCAUCGGGUGGUCCUGAGUUUCAUCAGCUGUUUUGCCGGAGGCGUCUUCCUGGCUGCCUGUCUGUUGGACAUCAUCCCAGACUACCUGUCAGACAUCAAUGCUGAGCUGGCCGCACGGAGGGUGGACGUAAGUGUCUUCUGUCUGUCAGCAACAUCACAAAGUGUCAUUGAUGCCUGGCCACACUCAUUUUACAUUUUAGUCAUUUAGCAGACGCUCUUAUCCAGAGCGACUUACAGUUAGUGAGUGCAUAAUUUUUGUUAUUUCUUUCAUACUGGCCCCCCGUGGGAAAUGAACCCACAACCCUGGCGUUGCAAGCGCCAUGCUCUACCAACUGAGCUACACGGGGCCAGUAUGAACACGGGGCCAGCUACUCCCAUCCCCUUUGUAAAAUGUCAAAAAGCUAUAUGACUAUCCAUGACACAAACCAAUGUAUUAAGGGAUAGUUACAAUAGAUACAAUAUAACUAAAUUAUAACUGUUGUAUCUGUAAAACAGUGUUCCCACAUGGGGAAAUGUGCUAGUUAGUGCAGAAGUUAUUAUAAUUAAUCCACAGGUUCAUUACCUGGUGAUGCGUUAAGGACUACUUACUUAUGAUCUACACUGCUCAAAAAAAUAAAGGGAACACUUAAACAACACAAUGUAACUCCAAGUCAAUCACACUUCUGUGAAAUCAAACUGUCCACUUAGGAAGCAACACUGAUUGACAAUACAUUUCACAUGCUGUUGUGCAAAUGGAAUAGACAACAGGUGGAAAUUAUAGGCAAUUAGCAAGACACCCCCAAUAAAGGAGUGGUUUUGCAGGUGGUGACCACAGACCACUUCUCAGUUCCUAUGCUUCCUGGCUGAUGUUUUGUUCACUUUUGAAUGCUGGCGGUGCUUUCACUCUAGUGGUAGCAUGAGACGGAGUCUACAACCCACACAAGUGGCUCAGGUAGUGCAGCUCAUCCAGGAUGGCACAUCAAUGCGAGCUGUGGCAAGAAGGUUUGCUGUGUCUGUCAGCGUAGUGUCCAGAGCAUGGAGGCGCUACCAGGAGACAGGCCAGUACAUCAGGAGACGUGUCGGAGGCCGUAGGAGGGCAACAACCCAGCAGCAGGACUGCUACCUCCACCUUUGUGCAAGGAGGAGCAGGAGGAGCACUGCCAGAGCCAUGCAAAAUGACCUCCAGCAGGCCACAAAUGUGCAUGUGUCUGCUCAAACGGUCAGAAACAGACUCCAUGAGGGUGGUAUGAGGGCCCGACGUCCACAGGUGGGGGUUGUGCUUACAGCCCAACACCGUGCAGGACGUUUGGCAUUUGCCAGAGAACACCAAGAUUGGCAAAUUCGCCACUGGCGCCCUGUGCUCUUCACAGAUGAAAGCAGGUUCACACUGAGCACGUGACAGACGUGACAGAGUCUGGAGACGCCGUGGAGAACGUUCUGCUGCCUGCAACAUCUUCCAGCAUGACCGGUUUGGCGGUGGGUCAGUCCAUGUGCUCGCCAGAGGUAGCCUGACUGCCAUUAGGUACCGAGAUGAGAUCCUCAGACCCCUUGUGAGACCAUAUGCUGGUGCGGUUGGCCCUGGGUUCCUCCUAAUGCAAGACAAUGCUAGACCUCAUGUGGCUGGAGUGUGUCAGCAGUUCCUGCAAGAGGAAGGCAUUGAUGCUAUGGACUGGCCCGCCCGUUCACAAGACCUGAAUCCAAUUGAGCACAUCUGGGACAUCAUGUCUCGCUCCAUCCACCAACGCCACGUUGCACCACAGACUGUCCAGGAGUUGGCGGAUGCUUUAGUCCUGGUCUGGGAGGAGAUCCCUCAGGAGACCAUCCGCCACCUCAUCAGGAGCAUGCCCAGGCGUUGUAGGGAGGUCAUACAGGCACGUAGAGGCCACACACACUACUGAGCCUCAUUUUGACUUGUUUUAAGGACAUUAAAUCAAAGUUGGAUCAGCCUGUAGUGUGGUUUUCCACUUUAAUUUUGAGGGUGACUCCAAAUCCAGACCUCCAUGGGUUGAUAAAUUUGAUUUCCAUUGAUAAUUUUUGUGUGAUUUUGUUGUCAGCACAUUCAACUAUGUAAAGAAAAAAGUAUUUAAUAAGAUUAUUUCAUUCAUUCAGAUCUAGGAUGUGUUAUUUUAGUGUUCCCUUUAUUUUUUUGAGCAAUGUAUAUUCCUAAUCCUUGGCGUUUUAUUUAAACAGAACUCCUACUUUGGUUGUUUUCACCUCCGUAUCUCAAACAGACCAGCUUCCCCCUCCCAGAGUUCGUCAUGGCUGCAGGCUUCUUCACUGUGCUCAUCAUGGAGAGGAUCGUUCUGAACUGCAGACAAGAUGCCAUGCAAGGAUCAGACCAGGAGAGAGCACCUCUGAUGCAGGCCAAAGGGCACGGCCAUGGGCACGGGCAGGGGAGAGCCUCGUCCACCGACCUGGAGGGUAGUGCCCACCACGUCCACAUGGACCUCCAGGCCCACUCCUCCUUUCGCUCGUUCAUGCUCUUUUUCUCGCUCUCCCUCCAUUCUGUGUUCGAGGGCCUGGCCAUCGGGCUGCAGACCACAGACUCAAAGGUAGGUGCUGGAGAGCGAGCUGUACUUAAAUUGCUCAAUAGGUCCAUUUGUUUUAGCUCGCCCGGGGCACAUAUUAGACCUUUCCGUUGGUCCUAAAAGUGAAAUAUCUGCCCACCUGUGGUACUGGGUCAGCUAAAACAAAUGCACUAAUACAUUUCAAAUACAUGCCAAUACUUUCCAAGUGUAUUUUCAAAUACAUUCCAAUAAUAUUCAACUACUUCUUUCUUCAAAUGAAAAUACAAUUUGUAUUAUUUAUACUGAACAGAAAUAUAAACGCAACAUGCAACAAUUUCAAAGAUUUUACAGUUCAUAUAAGGAAUUCAGUCAAUUUGAAAUAAAUUAAUAAAGCCCUAAUCUAUGGAUUUCACAUGACUGGGAAUACAGAUAUGCAUCUGUUGGUCACACAUGCCUUAAAAAAGAUAGGGGCAUGGAUCAGAAAACCAGUCAGUAUCUGGUGUGACCACCAUUUGCCUCAUGCAGCGCGACAUCUCCUUUGCAUAGAGUUGGCCUGUGGAAUGUUGUCCCUCUCCUCUUCAAUGGCUGUGCGAAGUUGCUGGAUAUUGGCGGGAACUGGAACACACUGUCGUACAUGUUGAUCCAGAGCAUCCCACACAUGCUCAAUGGGUGACAUGUCUGGUGACUAUGCAGGCCAUGGAAGAACUGGGACAUUUUCAGCUUCCAGGAAUUGUGUACAGAUCCUUGCAACAUGGGGCUGUGCAUUAUCAUGCUGAAACUUGAGGUGAUGGCGGCGUGUAAUGGCACGACAAUGGGCUUCAGGAUCUAGUCACGGUAUGUAUCGCUGUGCAUUCAAAUUGCCAUCGAUUAAAUGCAAUUGUGUUCGUUGUGCGUAGCUUAUGCCUGCCCAUACCAUAACCCCACCGCCACCCUGGGGCAGUCUGUUUACAACGUUGACAUCAGCAAACCGCUCGCCCACACAACGCCAUACAAGUGGUCUGCGGUUGUGAGGCCAGUUGGACGUACUGUCAAAUUCUGCUCUGGUGGACAUUCCUGCAGUCAGCAUGCCAAUUGCAUGCUCCCUCAAAACUUGAUACAUCUGUGGCAUUGUGUUGUGUGACAAAACUGCACCUUUUAGAGUGGCCUUUUAUUGUCCCCAGCACAAGGUGCACCUGUGUAAUGAUCAUGCUGUUUAAUCAGCUUCUUGAUAUGCCACACCUGUCAGGUUGAUGGGUUAUCUUGGCAAAGGAGAAAUGCUCACUAACAGGGAUGUAAACAAAUUUGUGCACAACAUUUGAGAGAAAUAAUAUUUUCUGCAUAUCGAACAUUUCUGUGAUCUUUUAUUUCACCUCAUGAAACAUAGGACCAACACUUUACAUAUUGCGUUUAUAUUUUUGUUCAUUGUAUAUCUAAUUUAUCUUGUUUGCUUGUAAAUGUCCACACUCACUGAAAAUGACAUUCGGUAGCUACUAGGUAUGCUUGUUUAACUUUAUGAGCUGGAUGUGCCUGUCUUUCCUAUUAGUUAUGUUAGUUUGUGAUUUCACUAUUAGUUUGUGCAAAUUUAGUUAGCAUUCUGGUAGUAGAGGCCCAAUGGGCUUUUCUUGCAUUUAGCACCCCUUGUGGGCUAUACCGGUAAUACCGUAAAUCACGGGAUGUGAGAAGGACGGUAUGAUGUUAUGAAAAUCUGGAUACCACCUAAUUAGCUAAUAUCAGGCCAGGGUGACCGCUAAAGCACAUUUAUUGCUUUUGUAGUCUAAUAAAAACUGAAUGAUUCUGAACACUCCCAAGUCCCAACUUCGGCAAACAAGUUUCAAAUUCUUGCUGACGUUUCUAGCCACAAGCAUAAACUAGCUAGCUGGAGAGCAUAAACUAGCUAGCAACAUACAUCAUACAUUUUGGGCACCAGGUGUGUCCGUAUAGCCACAGAUUAUCCAUUAUAUUGACCAGAUACUCAAGUGGCCGCUCUAGCAAUGAAAAUACUUGUCUUCAAAGAUGGAAGGCAGUUGGAGGAGGCAAGAUCAGGUGGGACCAUUCUAGCCAAUGACAGGGCGUGUGAACAACAGGCACAACUCCAAUAUAACGUUUUUCUCAAAGAUGCCAGUAUGUCACGUGUCCUACUUAUAUCAGUGCACUCGUAACAACCUAAGCAUUACAAAACUUAUAUUAGAUCAAAUAAGCCUCACAAUUUUGUUGACCAAAAACUCCUUGCUUGGUGGUUGAAAAACGCCAUCUGCUGGAGAAAAUUGAUUUUGGGCCUCACAAUUAGCCUCUUCCUCUCUGGUAUAGCCUCUCCCGAAGUUGGGCCGUGUAAACCGGAUGCAACCCGGAUAUUGGCAGUAGAAUGGCCUUACUGAAGAGCUCAGUGACUUUCAACAAGGCACCGUCAUAGGAUGCAGUCAGUUCGUCAAAUUUCUGCCCUACUAGAGCUGCCCCAGUGAACUGUAAGUGCUGUUAUUGUGAAGUUGAAACGUCUAGGAGCAACAACGACUCAGCCACAAAGUAGUAGGCCACACAAGUUCAGAGAACGAGACCGCCGUGUGCUGAAGUGCGUAGCAUGUAAAAAUCGUCUGUCCUCGAUUGCAACACUCACUACUGAGUUCCAAACUGCUUCUGGAAGCAACGUUAGCACAAGAACUGUUCGUCGGGAGCUUCAUGAAAUGGGUUUUCAUGGCCGAGCAGCCACACACAAGCCUAAGAUCACCAUGCGCAAUGCCAAGCGUCGGCUGGAGUGGUGUAAAUCUUGCCGCCAAAUCUGGGUUUGGCAGAUGCCAGGGGAACGCUACCUGCCCCAAUGCAUAGUAUUAACUGUAAAGUUUGGUGGAGGAGGAAUAAUGGUCUGGGGCUGUUUUUCAUGGUUCAGGCUUGGCCCCUUAGUUCCAGUGAAGGGAAAUCUUAACACUACAGCAUACAAUGACAUUCUAGAUGAUUCUGUGCUUCCAACUUUGUGGCAACAGUUUGGGAAAGGCCCUUUCCUGUUUCAGCAUGACAAUGCCCCCGUACAAAAAGCGAGGUCCAUACAGAAAUGGUUUGUCGAGGUCGGUGUGGAAUAACUUGACUGGCCUGCACAGAGCCCUGACCUCAACCCCAUCGAACACCUUUGGGAAUGAAUUGGAACGCCGACUGCGAGCCAGGCCUAAUCGCCCAACAUAACUGCCCGACCUCACUAAUGUUAUUGUGGCUGAAUGGAAGCAAGUCCCUGCAACAAUGUUCCAACAUCUAGUGGAAAGCCUUCCCAGAAGAGUGGAGGCUGUUAUAGCUGCAAAGGUGGGACCAACUCCAUAUUAAUGCCCAUGAUUUUGUAAUGAGAUGUCCACAUACUUUUGGUCAUGUAGUGUGUCUGUCUAGUUAUCUGUUUAGCUAUUACAGCACAUUUAUGUUUUCGUCCAAAAAAAACGUUCCAUCGAUACAGGGCUGGCUUACCGAACGGGCACGCAGGCCAUGUGUCCUGGGGCCUCGACCUCCAGGGGGCCCCCCAACUCCCCCUGGAGGACGGGUGGGUGCCCCACAUAACAAAAUGUGUAGAAUUGCAGGAAAUUAGCUUUAAAACUGCAACAUUUUCUCUCAGCCUCAUGGCAUACUGUGAACAAAAGCAUAAGAUGAGCUAUAAAAACAGCAAAAGCAGCUACUCUUCCUGGGGUCCAAACACAUUAAGCCAUUUACAUUACAUAUAAAACAAGAGAUAAAACAGUACAACAUAUUACAUUAUUACACCCCUACAUAUCUGCAAUACGAAAUGUAUAAUACCACCAUACAACAAUGUGCCUGUGUGUAGAGUGCGUGUGCUAGUGUUUGUGUGCGUAUGCGUGUCUGUACCUUUGUGUGUGUCUCUUCACAGUCCCCACUGUUCUAAAAUGUGUAUUUUUAUCUGUUUUUUUUUAAUCUGAUUCUACUGCUUGCAUCAGUUACAUGAUGUGGAAUAGAGUUUCAUGUAGUCAUGGCUCUAUGUAGUACUGUGUGCCUCCCAUAGUCUGUUCUGGACUUGGGGAUUGUGAAGAGACCUCUGGUGGCAUGUCUUGUGGGGUAUGCAUGGGUGUCCGAGCUGUGUGCUGGUAGUUUAAACAGACAGCUCGGUGCAUUCAGCUUGUCAACACUUCUUACAAAAACAAGUAGUGAUGAAAUCAAUCUCCUCCAAUUUGAGCCAUGAGAGAUUGACAUGCAUAUCAUUAAUGUUAGAGCCCUGUGUACAUUUUAAGGUUUAUCUUAGCCUCAUGACAAAAUGUAUAGAAUGGCAUUAUAAAUCUGCAAAUGCUUCUCUCUGCAUCAUGGCAAAAUGUGUUGAAAUGCAGGAAGUUUGUUUUGAGGUUGGUGCCCCGGGCCCCCAAAUGCAGUAGUCCGGCCCUGCAUCGACACAGCAAAUUAGCCCAUACACAUUUUUGAACGAUUCAUAUUAUUUUUUUGACGAAACAAACGAUUAACUUCGCCAUUGUAUUUGUUGGGAUUUUGUUCAAUCGCGGUGAAUCUAAUAAUGUGAAUAAAAAUACAAAUGUGUGAACCGCGAACAGUAAUGUUAGGAAACAAUAUUAGAUGUAGCCUUUCUUCUGGAUUAUAUGGCUGCAAAACCUUUUGUAGAUACUUCCAGUUUAUUUGGGCAUCCAAUGUAUGGGACAUUGCUACUCAAUAGAUGAUAGUCAGCCUGCAAAGUAAACACUUCUAAAGUAGCGAAGAUAAAUAUGACUAAACUAGAAAAGGUACAUUUCUUGAACAUUUGUGGACUUGCUUCAGCUGAAGAUUUGUAGGCUACCAUAGCCAUUUGAUCUUUUGAUCUAUUGAAUGACCAAAUUAUUUUAUAAAGGCAUAGAACGUAUUUGGUUGUAAUGUUGCAAUGUUUUACAAGGGUGGUCAACCAUCCUCCAGAAGAACUACUGGGUGUGCAGGCUUUUGUUCCAGUCCUCCUCUAACAAACCACAUUUUAGAAAUGAGCUGCUCAACCGGACCUUUGUCAACAAACAGCAUAACAGAAAUAUGAUGGUAAGUUUUCGAACUACCGGCAGUUUCUUUGAGAAGAUAGUGCCUUCGGAAAGUAUUCAGACCCCUUGACUUUUUCCACAUUUUGUUACGUUACAGCCUUAUUCUAAAAUUGAUUAAAUACGACAAAGCGAAGACAGGUUUGUAGAAAUCUUUACAAAUGUAUUAAAAUCUUAAAACAGAGACCCGAAAUUGAGCUCAGGUGCAUCCUAUUUCCAUUGAUCAUCGUUGAGAUGUUUCUACAACUUGAUUGGUGUCCACCUGUGGUAAAUUCAAUUGAUUGGACAUGAUUUGGAGAGGCACACACCUGUCUAUAUAAGGUCCCACAGGUGACAGUGCAUGUCAGAGCAAAAACCAAGCCAUGAGGUCGAAGGAAUUGUCCGUGGAGCUCUGAGACAGGAUUGUGUCAAGGCACAGAUCUGGGGAAGGGUACAAUAAAAUGUCUGCAGCAUUGAAGGUCCCCAAGAACACAGUGGCCUCCAUCAUUCUUAAAUGGAAGACGUUUGGACCCACCAAGACUCUUCCUAGAGCUGGCCACCCGGUCAAACUGAGCAAUCGGGGUAGAAAGGCCUUGGUCAGGGAGGUGAACAACAACCCCGAUGGUCACUCUGACAGAGCUCUAGAGUUCCUCUGUGGAGAUGGGAGAACCUUCCAGAAGGACAGCCAUCUCUGCAGCACUCCACUAAUCAGGCCUUUAUGGUAGAGUGGCCAGACAGAAGCCACUCCUCUGUAAAAGGCACAUGACAACCCACUUGGAGAUUGCCAAAAGGCACCUAAAGACUCUCAGACCAUGAGGUCUGAUGAAUCCAAGAUUAAACUCUUUGGCCUGAAUGCCAAGCAUCACAUCUGGAGGAUACCUGGCACCAUCCCUACGGUGAAGCAUGGUGGUGGCAGCAUCAUGCUGUGGGGAUGUUUUUCAGCGGCAGGGACUGGGAAACUAGUCAGAAUCGAGGCAAAGAUGAACGGAGUAAAGUACAGAGAGAUCCUUGAUGAAAACCUACUCCAGAGCCCUCAGGGCCUCAGACAGGGGCGAAGGUUCACCUUCCAACAGGACAACGACCCUAAGCACACAGCCAAGACGACGCAGGAGUGGCUUCGGGACAAGUCUCUGAACGUCCUUGAGUGGCCCAGCCAGAACCCGGACUUGAACCCGAUCGAACAUCUCUGGAGAGACCUGAAAAUAACUGUGCAGCAACACUCCCCAUCCAACCUGAUAGAGCUUGAGAGGAUCUGCAGAGAAAAAUGGGAGAAACUCCCCAAAUGAAGGUGUGCCAAGCAUGUAGCAUCACACCCAAGAAGACUCGAUGCUGUAAUUGCUGCCAAAGGUGCUUCAACAAAGUACUGAGUAAAGGGUCUGAAUACUUAUGUAAAUGUGAUAUUUCAAUUUUUUAUUUGUAAUAUUUAUUUGUAAUAUCUCCCGAGUGGCGCAGUGGUCUAAGGCACUGCAUCGCAGUGCUAGCUGUGCCACUAGAGAUCCUGGUUCGAAUCGUCUAGGGUAGGGGAGGGAAUGUCCGGUAGGGAGGUAGCUCAGUUGUUAGAGCAUGGCGUUUGCAAUGCCAGGGUUGUGGGUUCGAUUCCCACGGGGGGCCAGUAUAUAUAUAUAUAUAUAUAUAUAUAUAUAUAUCUAUAUCUAUAUCUAUAUAUCUAUAUCUAUAUCUAUAUCUAUAUCUAUAUCUAUAUAUAUAUAUAUAUAUAUAUAUAUAUUUUUUUUUUUAAGUAAAAAAACAAAACAUGUAUGCACUAACUGUAAGUCGCUCUGGAUAAGAGCGUCUGCUAAAUGAUGUAAAUGUAAUAAAUUAGCAAAAAUAUCCACAAUUUUUUUGUUUUUGCUUUGUCAUUAUGGGGUAUUGUGUGUCGAUUGAGGAAAAUAAACAAUUUAAUCAAUUUUAGAAUAAGGCUGUAAUGUAACAAUGUGGAAAAAGUCAAGGGGUCUGAAUACUUUCCGAAGGCACUCUGCGCAUUUGAAUAAAUACACCCAUUUCACUUUUGCAUGUAAAAAAACGAAUGACCACUGCUGCACAUGCUGCCACUGUUUCGAACAGAUUAGAUUAUACUAUUUAGAAAGAGCAGCAAGCUGACGAUCGAACGAGUGCACCAUGGAGAACACAACAAGCAUGCAGAUGCAAUAAGUGAAAAUACAUUAUCUAAAUACCGGUAGUUUCUUUUGAAGAUAUAUAAAGUGAUCUGUGCAUUUGAACAACCUCAUAAAUACACCUAUUUCAUGCUUUGAGGUCCCGAGGGCAAUUCAGACAGCUGACAGAGGAUUUUUAUAAUGAAGAAUGUUUUAAUUGACUGUUUUGUAUCUUAAUGUGUAUAUUGUCUAUAUAUUUAUGUUGAUCUAUACUUGUAUGUGCCUGUUUUUGAAUUGUGCAGGGCUCAUUUGUAAAAGAGACUUUAGUCUCAACAUGACUCCGCUGUUGAAAUUAAAGGUAAACAAUAAUAAAAACUAGAGAUGUCUAAAAUGUCACAAAGCAUGAUACGCUAGCCAGUUAACUUUCAUUCUGAAAUAACUUCAUAUUUACGAGUUAUUCACAGAUAGGUUUAGAUAGACUUUUAGGAUGUUCACCCAUAAAAUGAUUAAACCAUUAAAGGUUUAUUCAAAUACGUCCAAUAAAAACAAAUAGUCCAAACCCCAUGUCUACCCCGAUUUACUCUGAGAAUUUAGCAUGUUUGGAGUGAAUGGAAUGUAAAGUGGUCACUGCUCAAUACAACUCUGUGACACUGUUCUGCGGCAGAACAGCGCAAACUUCGAACGGCAACUGACAAGCUAACUAGUGGCUGUAGGUUCGUCAGUGAAAAACAUGGGCUUUUUCUAAAUGAAAUCUGCUGAAUACAAAACGAAAUAGGGACUAAGUAUGUAUGUAUGUAUGUAUGUAUGUAAUGUAUGUAAUGUAUGUAAUGUAUGUAUGUAUGUAUGUAUGUAUGUAUGUAUGUAUGUAUGUAUGUAUGUAUGUAUGUAUGUAUGUAUGUAUGUAUGUAUGUAUGUAUGUAUGUAUGUAUGUAUGUAUGUAUGUAUGUAUGUAUGUAUGUAUGUAUGUAUGUAUGUAUGUAUGUAUGUAUGUAUGUACGGUGGGGGAAAAAAGUAUUUAGUCAGCCACCAAUUGUGCAAGUUCUCCCACUUAAAAAGAUGAGAGAGGCCUGUAAUUUUCAUCAUAGGUACACGUCAACUAUGACAGACAAAAUGAGAAAAAAUGGGAUUUUCUCCCAGAAAAUCACAUUGUAGGAUUUUUAAUGAAUUUAUUUGCAAAUGAUGGUGGAAAAUAAGUAUUUGUUCAAUAACAAAAGUUUCUCAAUACUUUGUUAUAUACCCUUUGUUGGCAAUGACACAGGUCAAACGUUUUCUGUAAGUCUUCACAAGGUUUUCACACACUGUUGCUGGUAUUUUGGCCCAUUCCUCCAUGCAGAUCUCUAGAGCAGUGAUGUUUUGGGGCUGUCACUGGGCAACACAGACUUUCAACUCCCUCCAAAGAUUUUCUAUGGGGUUGAGAUCUGGAGACUGGCCAGGCCACUCCAGGACCUUGAAAUGCUUCUUACGAAGCCACUCCUUCGUUGCCCGGGCGGUGUGUUUGGGAUCAUUGUCAUGCUGAAAGACCCAGCCACGUUUCAUCUUCAAUGCCCUUGCUGAUGGAAGGAGGUUUUCACUCAAAAUCUCACGAUACAUGGCCCCAUUCAUUCUUUCCUUUACACGGAUCAGUCGUCCUGGUCCCUUUGCAGAAAAACAGCCCCAAAGCAUGAUGUUUCCACCCCCAUGCUUCACAGUAGGUAUGGUGUUCUUUGGAUGCAACUCAGCAUUAUUUGUCCUCCAAACACGACGAGUUGAGUUUUUACCAAAAAGUUAUAUUUUGGUUUCAUCUGACCAUAUGACAUUCUCCCAAUCCUCUUCUGGAUCAUCCAAAUGCACUCUAGCUAACUUCAGACGGGCCUGGACAUGUACUGGCUUAAGCAGGGGGACACGUCUGGCACUGCAGGAUUUGAGUCCCUGGCGGCGUAGUGUGUUACUGAUGGUAGGCUUUGUUACUUUGGUCCCAGCUCUCUGCAGGUCAUUCACUAGGUCCCCCUGUGUGGUUCUGGGAUUUUUGCUCACCGUUCUUGUGAUCAUUUUGACCCCACGGGGUGAGAUCUUGCGAGGAGCCCCAGAUCGAGGGAGAUUAUCAGUGGUCUUGUAUGUCUUCCAUUUCCUAAUAAUUGCUCCCACAGUUGAUGUCUUCAAACCAAGCUGCUUACCUAUUGCAGAUUCAGUCUUCCCAGCCUGGUGCAGGUCUACAAUUUUGUUUCUGGUGUCCUUUGACAGCUCUUUGGUCUUGGCCAUAGUGGAGUUUGGAGUUUGACUGUUUGAGGUUGUGGACAGGUGUCUUUUAUACUGAUAACAAGUUCAAACAGGUGCCAUUAAUACAGGUAACGAGUGGAGGACAGAGGAGCCUCUUAAAGAAGAAGUUACAGGUCUGUGAGAGCCAGAAAUCUUGCUUGUUUGUAGGUGACCAAAUACUUAUUUUCCACCAUAAUUUGCAAAUAAAUUCAUUAAAAAUCCUACAAUGUGAUUUUCUGGAUUUUUUCUGUGUAAAGGAAAGAAUGAAUGGGGCCAUGUAUCGUGAGAUUUUGAGUGAAAACCUCCUUCCAUCAGCAAGGGCAUUGAAGAUGAAACGUGGCUGGGUCUUUCAGCAUGACAAUGAUCCCAAACACACCGCCCGGGCAACGAAGGAGUGGCUUCGUAAGAAGCAUUUCAAGGUCCUGGAGUGGCCUAGCCAGUCUCCAGAUCUCAACCCCAUAGAAAAUCUUUGGAGGGAGUUGAAAGUCUGUAUUGCCCAGCGACAGCCCCAAAACAUCACUGCUCUAGAGGAGAUCUGCAUGGAGGAAUGGGCCAAAAUACCAGCAACAGUGUGUGAAAACCUUGUGAAGACUUACAGAAAAUGUUUGACCUGUGUCAUUGCCAACAAAGGGUAUAUAACAAAGUAUUGAGAAACUUUUGUUAUUGAACAAAUACUUAUUUUCCACCAUCAUUUGCAAAUAAAUUCAUUAAAAAUCCUACAAUGUGAUUUUCUGUUUUUUUUCUUCUCAUUUGUCUGUCAUAGUUGACGUGUACCUAUGAUGAAAAGUACAGGCCUCUCUCAUCUUUUUAAGUGGGAGAACUUGCACAAUUGGUGGCUGACUAAAUACUUUUUUUCCCCACUGUAUGUGUGUGUGUGUGUGUGUGUGUGUGUGUGUGUGUGUGUGUAUUAGCAAAGCUAACAGACUGAAUUUCAAUUUCCACCCUCCGCGAAGACAAUCUGUUCCUGUUUUCAUUGUGUAUUUCUGAGGCUUUCCCUUUAAAUCACCGUUGAUUGGCAAUAUAGCCAAUGAAAGCCAAGGAUCUGAAGAUAAAAAUGACAAGGGUAUCAAGUUGAUUUUGAUUUGUCCAACCUGCGGCAACACCUCCAAAUGGUACCACCUCCCUACGCCAAAUAUGGAAGAUACAACCAAGAGCGGCGCGUUCUAAACUAGCAACGGUCACAGCAAAUUAACGUUCUUAUUUCAUCAGCACUGUCAAGUACAAGUAUAUUAAGGUUAUAAUAUUGUAGAGAAGAAUCUAAUGAUUAAGUAUGUGCUGUAUAAUGACAUGGGGCAAAUAACUUAAUUUCGUAGCACCCUUUUGAGUUGGCCCAUUUUUCUCUAAAUUCUACAAACUAUAGACUUGAAAUUGAAAUGGGAGCUAAUUAGCUAGCAAGCUACCAGCUAGCUGCUUAUCAAAGGUAGAUAACUGGUUUAUUUGACCAAGACAUCUACCAAACUAUUUCCUAAUAUUUCUCAAAAUUACUGUAGCUGGCUAAUUAAUUUUAUCAUGCUUUGUGAUUUGAAGGUCUCAGAAAUCAAUAAUGAAGAAAGAUCAGGAUGGCUUCCAGAGUAUGAGAUGUUUUAUUGACAAAGACAAGCAGAGACAUAACAGGCAUCGAAGCAGAAAGACCUGACAGGGCGCACAGGCGAAAACUCUAGUACAGAUGUCAAGUACAUUUUCUCAAAGCCUUACUUCCUUGUUCAUCUCUGUUUUAUACCUGGUUUUGCGUCAUAAUGUGCCUUGCAGUAAUUGGUCACAGUAAUCAAAUUCAACAUAUCACAACAGCUUGAGUGUAGAGUUUUUCAAUAAACCGGUAGACCCUAUUUGGCUAAGCUUCCAGGUGACGAACUUAAUCAUUAUAUCAGUAUUGUGGACAUGAGACUACAGAUACAAGUAGCAAAUUUGGGGCUGGAGUGUACAACAAGGCCUUCUCUCUCUCGACCUUGGGGGGAAACCCUCCUUAUCUUAGACUCAAUGGAUUCUUAAAAAUAUUUAAUACGUUUCAGAAACCACCUGCAGGAUGACCCCAUAUUCUAUGAGAAAGUAUUUUGUUUUUUAUAUGCCCGUUGGACAUCACUGCCCACUUGAGAUUACAAACUAAACACACAUAGGCAUGUUUUAGAUAUGUUGAGAAUGACAAAUCAUUAUGAUGUAUUGCUAUGUGUCUAUUGCAAAUCACUAUGAACCUGCCUCUGUCUAAACCUUCAUUACAUUCAAUGGCAGCAGGAGCACCUAUGACCUCCUUGGCCCAACAGUGAUACACCCGGUUUUAUGCUGUUUUAGUGCGCACAACAUGUCGCCCUGUCACCUACAGUAGAACAUGAUAAACACCAUGGGGGAAACAAUCAAAUUGGCCAGUCACAGUCAUGCUUUUUUGUCCUACCAGAUCCGCGAUCAGAAAGUUCUAGCUAGUGUAUCCCUCUGUCCUUCGACUGUCCUACAAUUUUGCUUUUUGCUUCAGCACCAUCUGUAUCUGAUAGAGCAGAUCUAGUCUCAUGUGUGGAAGUAAGCCGUCUGGUGCGAGAGACUCAUUGGGAGGGAGACUAGAGCCAGAAAGGAAGAGGUGAAGCGACCAAUGCGUUUCUAUGGGCUUAUUUUGGACCUAAGCUUGUCGCCUGCCUUCCCGCCUUUGGGACAACAACUCCCAUUGUUAGGGCGGAGACAUGAGCAUCUCGUCAUUGUAUGUACUGCUAGAGCAUACCCAGAAGUUCUGACUGAGCGCACAUUUGAGCUCCCCCAGGACAGUCCAUUUACUUUGUGCUGUUAAUUUAUGCUAUUUACUUUUAAUCCGUCUGUCUGCAUAUUUCAAGACAUGGCAUAUGGGGGUGUAGUGAGAUAGCCAAUGGGCUGGACAAUUCUCUUCUCAUCACCCGUCUUGACAAAAACGUAUACUAAAAAUGUGGAAAUUAAUCAAUCCGCCAUCAUUAACACAAUGGAAGAAUAUAAAUAAUUUAUUUAAAUGGCAUGGUCGACCGAGGAAAAACAAAUUGGUACAAUUUAAGGCCAAGUGGCAAACAAUAAUGCAGGCACUAGGGAUGGGGGUGUGAACAUGCGGGUCUGGGCAGAUGAGAUGUAGUCAUUGUUUGUGUGUGUGUCUGUAAGUUGUUAUUUGUAUGUAUAAGUUUGUAUCUGGAGUAAAAAAAACAAUCACAAGUGUGGCCCCGCCCCUAACACCCUAAUGGGCCACUGGAAAACAGCCCUAAUGUUCGAAACAAACAUCAUUAUGUUGUCAUCCAGAAUCACAUUUAUUUAUUUUCCAAGCUAUAGCUAACAAUAUUUUACAUGCAGUAGGUUUUUAAAGGACCAAAGAGUUUGGUCUGCUUCAUGUUUUAAUUUUUGCCAUGGAAAACAUAUUGCUAUCCUCACAGCCCUACUCAUAAUGGGCCCAAUUCCGAUUUAGGAAAUUACGCCUUUCCUAUGUAUUUCUCAGUAGUUAGUAUUCAGACUUACCUUGUGCAGGUGCGUACGGGGUUUGCAGGUGUGGUUCCCUUACACGUGCUGAACAAAUGUAAUUAAACUGCUGAAAACCCUCCUACUUACUGGCCAACAUAUUUUCUCGUGGAGUUUUCAUUCAAUAGGGUUUUCAGUACAUUUAUCUUAAGCUAUCCCUUUAAAUACGAUGUACCUUUUUUAGUUAGAAUUUUGUCCACAGACUCACUCAAUUUUUUUUUAUAGAGAAUUGGUUCAGAAUAUUAUGGAUCAUGAAAGAAAGCUUUCUAAUAAGCAUAUUUGUCUCAGUUUCAGCACCAAUUGGUCAAUAAAAUAAAUACUCUGAUCUUGUAGAUUAUUUAGGGUUAGGAAAGUAUUUAUAAAUCAUAAACUGGUAAAGAGAGCCUUUAUGCACGAAAGAAAGAACUGUGUUUUGAUUCAUUCUGAAAAUUGCCACAUUCAGUUCUUCAACCAUGGUAAUGUUGGAAGAUUAGUGUACAUAUAAUUAUAAUAGGGAGAAUAGUGUAAGCUAUACCCUCGUCUAUUGCCUACACUAACCAUGAAACUGUGACUAUACAGCCAAGUAUUGCGCCAUGCGUCGGGAUCAAACUGAGCUCCGCUCCAUAACGAUUUAAUUAGCCUACAUGUAUUUUUUUUUUAAAUAAAUAUUAUCAACUGUUACUAAUGAUCCUCAGCAACAACCACAUGGCCGUGAUGCUGUUGACAGAGGAAGCAAAUGUAGGUAAACAAAACGAUGUUAUUAAAUGGAAUGAUAAUGUAGGCUGUACCAACUGAAGGGAACUAAAAGUAAAUUGGCAGUUCAAUAUGUGUGGUUGUUAGGCCUACUGACGGUCGAUUCUGAUUGUGGCUAAUAUUUAACAUGAUAGAAAUAGGAAACAGAGAAAGUCGGGGUAGCCUAUAAUUAAUACAUUCGAGAGUGCCCAUCCCUGCAAGUUAAAAGGCUGUACAAUUUAAAUUCUGCAUAAUGGCACAGCAUUUCAUAAACAAUACUGUGGGAAAGUUUAUAUGCUUCAGUUUGCUGCCAUAUGAUUGGUUUCACAUUUGUCUCCAGCGAUUUAUAAGGUAAAAUAUAUCUAAAACAAGUGUCAUUUAUAUUUAGAAUUCCCUUAUCCAAACGAGUUACUCAUUUACCUAGCUUUUAUCAAUAGCUCUUUCCAAGUUGUAAAUUACAGUGCAGGGAGAAUGGUGUUAUUUCUAUCGGGGGAAAAAAUAAAGUAGAUGUUUCUAACCCCUGCUUUUCAUGUGAUGUGCUCUUGGACUUUAUCUAAACGUACAGUUCUCCUUUGCACUGUAUUGUCCUUUGUUGGUAUUCAGGGAAGUCUCUUUCCAUCACAAAAGCAUAGUGAAAGUUAUUGCUGUGCUUAGAAAGAGAAAGCCCUAGGACAACUCUUUCCAAUCACCCGUAGUGUCAGGAGGUUUAGAGUUCCUUGUUCAUUUAUGCAAUGUAGAGAGGCAGAGGGAAGCGAGACACAUACAUGAUUUCCAUGCACUUUCUCUCACAUCCUCAGUAUAACAUCACUCACACAGCAUGCACCAUGUCAAUGGAAUCUAAUGCAAGAGAUAUUUUACUAAGUCAAUACACUAUAAAGACAUGCAAGUUUCUGACAAAACAGAUGGCCUGGGUUGUGAACUUAAUUUGAUAUUAGACUACUUUUGAGGUCUGAAAACAUCUGAAUACUUUAAACUUUGCAGUAUAAUGUCGUUUUUAAACUGCUUUCUCUGGUUGAUCAAAUACCCUUAUCUGGCUUGAAGUGACAGAGCUAUUUAGGCUAACCUGUUUAUAGACUUUUCAAAGAAUUAUAAAUGACGUGUAAUUUAUACAGCAGUCAUUUAUACAGCUUGUGUUUAUUAUACAGCUUUCUUCAUCUUAUUGCGAUGAAGAAAGAGAAAGGAAGUAGGAGAGGAAUUUAACCUCAUUUGAUCUCGUUUUCUCUCCAUCCUAUCCAGGUAUUAGAGAUCUGCAUCGCCAUUGUGGUCCACAAGAGCAUCAUCGUGUUCAGCCUAUCGGUGAAGCUGGUGCAGAGCGCGGUCCCGCCCAUGUGGGUUGCGGCCUACGUGGGCGUCUUCGCCAUGAUGUCUCCGCUGGGCAUCGCAGUGGGCAUCGGGGUUAUCGAGGCCCAGCUAGCGGCAGGCGUUUUGAUCCAGGCCAUCCUGGAGGGGCUGGCGGCCGGGACCUUUAUUUACAUCACCUUCAUGGAGAUCCUGCCUCACGAGCUGAACUCCCCGGAGAACCAGCUGCUCAAGGUGUUCUUCAUCCUGCUGGGCUUCAGCGUUAUGGCGGGCCUCACCUUCCUGGGCUGA